CGCAGAAUGAGGCUAUUUCAUUCCAAGAAUUCGUUGAUCGUCUCUGCAGGUUGUUUACACGAUAUAAUUAUGUGUAAACAGGUGUCACAAUAUCUUGAUGCUUGGCACAUGCCUUGUUUGAAUACCUGCGGAUCAAGUAAAGAUCAGUAGAUAUCGGCAAAACAAUCUCAAUUUGCUUGUCUCUCCGUUUACUUCUGGCCUACACGUCAAAGAAGCCUAAUUAUCGGAGGCAGCGUUAAAAAAUUCAUCUCAGAGAUGGAUCGAAAUUGGCUUUUAAAAGUAAUAUUGUUAAUGUACAUGCUUACUGGAGGGGUAGCCAAUGGUAUUGGGGACCUUGCAAAAAUACUUGCAGCUUUAUCUGGGCAGGCUGAGUGUUCUUUCAAAUGUCCCAACGAAAUGGAAAAACCCAUUCCAAAUAGAAAACAUGUUCCAACCAGCAAUGGAUGUGGUUCACAUGGCCUAAAGCUUGAUACGUCAGAGAUGCCUGGGUUCACUGAAUGCUGUGACAUACACGACAAAUGCUAUGAUACUUGCAAUGCUGACCGUAAGCAGUGUGAUGAGGAUUUCAAGUCAUGUCUUAGCAAUGUUUGCCUUUUUGAGGGAUUAUCAGAGAAGAAAUCAAAGAAGUUAAUGAAACAAUGCCAAUCUUCAGUUGAUUUGAUGUAUGCAACAACAUCAACUUUAGGUUGUACUGCAUAUAUACAGUCCCAGGCUAAUGCAUGCCUUUGUAAUGGAAAGAAGUUAAGUAAAAAAGAAAUAAAGAGAUUAUUAAACCCUAAUGAUGAACUUUAGAAUUCAAUAAAUUAGCCCCUUAAUAAAAAUUAACAUAUUGUAAUUUGUUGAGUUUCACUAGAUAAAAAAUCCUUCUCAAUACUCAUGUUUUAGCUUCUAGAUAAUUAAAGAAUUUCCAAACAAAAUGAGCUCACAAACACUGAAGAAUUGACAAAUAAAAUGAUGAUAGUUUUUAUCUUUCAAGACAUUAGAGAAAUAAACAAUGAGUACAGUACAUCAAUUUUCUUUCUGUUUUAGAUAAUAAGCAAAUUGUUUAAGUUAUAUUCAAUCUCUGAAUUCAUGUUUGUA